GAGGCGGGGCGAGGGGUGGGCCGAGAGGAGGGGCGGGGACACGGAGAACGAGCAAGAGCAGGAGGAGGAGGACCAGAGCCCACCUCCCAAACUUCCGGUGUGCAGCCCUCGGGCCGGAGCUGGAGGCUGCUCUGGGAGCGUCCGUGACCGUGACCGUGACCGAGACCGUGACCGAGACCGAAACCGAGACCGACAUCCGGUCCGCGGCGCCGGGGCCAUGGUGAAGAUCAGCUUCCAGCCGCCCGUGGCCGGGCUCAAGCCCGACAAGGAGGCAGCUGGCGACGGGGCCAAUUCAGAAAUCCUCCUGCCGCAGAGCCUGGAGGAGGGGUUGCCCCCUGGCUCCACAGCAGCCCGGAGGAAUUUGAUCAGCAGCAUGUUCACCCUCACCACCGGCAUAGUCCUCCUCCUGGGCCUCCUCUUGGCUUCUGUCUACAUGUACAGGCACUACUUGAUCCCCCAGAUCUCUCAUGAGCCUGAGAACAACAUAUUCACCUGUGGGGUCAUCUACAAGGACUUCCUCUCUUCCCCCUUCCACAGUCAUCUGGAACUUCAGGAGAACGUGGAGAUCUUCAUCAAGGAGGACUACGAGCACAUCAACAUCCCUGUGCCUCAGUUUGGGGGAGGGGACCCUGCUGACAUCAUCCAUGACUUCCAGAGGGGCCUGACUGCCUACCACGACAUCGCUCUGGACAAGUGUUACGUCAUUGAGCUCAACACCACCAUCGUGAUGCCCCCGAGGAACCUCCUGGAGCUGCUGGUGAACGUGAAGAAGGGGACCUACCUGCCCCAGACGUACAUCAUCCAGGAGGAGAUGAUCGUCACCGAGCACGUCAGUGACGUGCAGCAGCUGGGCUCCUUCAUUUACCGCUUGUGCCGUGGCAAAGAGACCUACAGACUGCGGCGGCGCACCACCAGGAUGCGCAUCAGCAAGCGGGAUGCUGAGAGUUGCCACCCGAUCCGACACUUCGAGAACACGUUUGUGGUGGAGACGGUGAUCUGCGAGCAGUAGCGGCCCCUCUCCUGGCCUCGCCCCACCCUUCGCCCCCUCCCUCCCGUGGCCCCCGCUUGGCGAGCCUUCCUUUUAGACUUUUCUUUGCCUGGCCUGCUUCCCCUGCUUGUACCAGCGCCGGCCCCGCUGGGCUCCUGCUCUACCUCCCUGUGUCUCUUAGCGGUGCCGGACAGUAGCUGGGGGGGGGCAAUCUUGAUGGGAAACGAGGGUAAAUGGGACCCGAGCGCCCGGCGCUGAGGAGGCUCCUAGAUGGUCCUUCUGCCGUGAGAAGGACACGGUCAGACUAGAGACAGAAGUCGCUUCAUCCAGUGUCCUCAUUUUACAGUUGAAGAAACUGAGGCUAGAGCAGGCUGAGCUGGAAUUUGAACUCAGGGCUUCUCCCCGAAGCCGCUGCUCUUCCGGGGUUCCACAGGCAGUUGCCCCUCUCUCCCUGGGAGGGCCAGAAGGCUUGUCCUGCCAUCUUGGGGGUGAGAACGGGGCCUAAAUAAGGAGCACAAGCCGGCUGAAGCCCGGCCCGUUUCUGCCCGGCACCCUUGGGGCAGAGAGGGCGGCAGGCUGGCCGUCCUCAGGGAAGGGAAGCACAGAGCAUUGGGCGAGGACGAUCUGGCCGUGCAUCAGAAACGUGGGAGGGGGCCAAGGCUGGCAGAGACCUUGGCUGCGGGGUGCUCCCCGGGCGGCCAGGGUGGGGAGGGUACCCGUGGGAGCCUGUAUCAGAGGAGGGAGCCCAGGUGGCCCGAGCCAAGCCCUGGACCCGGCUUCCCUUGGAGUUAGGUGGGAGUUCCUGGCGCCAUGUGGAAAAGGGAGGCGUGAGGGUGGGGGGGGAUCCGAUUCGGUCCGGCUUUCACUUGGGACUCGGUGAAAAGGCCCGAACGAGCUGGUAGGUUUCUCCCCAGCAGCCUCCUUGCUUUUAGGAGUCCUCCUUUCCCCUCCCCCCCUCCCCGACCCUUCCUCUCCUCCCCCCACUGGGGGGUGUCUUCGUCCUUGCCUUUGUCUGCAUGAUUUCCUGGUCAGUUCACUAAGCAGCCCGCACCCUCCACUAACAAGGGCCUUGACCGUUUCUCCCGCAUUAAUCUAAGCAUCCAGCCCCCCCCCCCACCUCCCCCGGCACCCCCUCCUGGGAUGGGUCUCCCAACGCUUUGUAUAGUUCAUCUGUUCGAGGAAAUGCUCUUAAAAUAAUAAAAUCUUUUACCUCUGA